UAGUGUGUUGUGAGGUGUGUGUGUGUGUUGACCUUUGCUGUUCGCUGGUGCGUCUCCCUGCAGUGACCCAGGCGUUACUCUCACAGCGGGACGCGUCGGGAUUCGUGCGCUCGUGGAGGGACGGGCGGAUCUACGGGUGCGUCGCGCGGAGUUCAUGCACGCUACGCUGGUGGAGAUGGAGAUGGUGUAAUGCUGUCCCUAACCCAGAAGCAGGUGUUUGUGUGCAGUGUGCUGGUGGGAACUCUCCUGUACCUGCUGACCCACGUCUCCACCCUGCAGAGGCGCCAGCCCACCUGCCCCCUUCAGAACACACUGCCCUCUCCUGGCCUCCCGGCACAGGUGCCCCUGCGCAUGCUCCAGUAUAAAUGGGGUCUUUUGCCUGAGCUGCGCAGGGGCAGCACCACUAGAGGGCGCCUGAUCCAGCAGCUGCCACGGGCUCUCAUCAUUGGGGUGAGGAAGGGUGGAACUCGGGCCCUGCUGGAGAUGUUGAACCUCCACCCCGCUGUGGUGAAGGCCUCCCAGGAGGUGCACUUCUUCGACAACGACCAGAACUACGUCCGUGGUGUGUCCUGGUACCGCCACAGGAUGCCCUUCUCCCUCCGCCAGCAGACCACCAUCGAGAAGAGCCCCGCCUACUUCACCACAGAGAAGGUUCCCGAGCGGGUCUUCAGGAUGGACCCGUCCAUCAGGUUGCUGCUCAUCGUGCGUGAGCCCACCACUCGCGCCGUCUCCGACUACACGCAAGUGCUGGAGGGAAAGCAGCGCAAGAACAAAACUUACCGCAGGUUCGAGACGCUGGCAAUCGACUCCAGCAGCCUAGAGGUGAACCCCAAGUACAAGGCUGUCUGGACCAGCAUCUACACCAAGCACCUGGAGCGCUGGCUGGAGUUCUUUCCUGUCGAGCAGUUUCACAUCGUGGAUGGCGACCGGCUUAUCUCAGAGCCGCUGUCCGAGUUACAGCUGGUGGAGCGAUUUCUCCGCCUGCCCCCGAGGAUCAGCCAGGACGAUCUGUAUUUCAACUCCACCCGCGGCUUCUACUGCCUGCGAGUCAGCCUGCACUACAGGAAGUGCCUGGCAGGCAGUAAGGGCCGUGCGCAUCCCCACGUCAACGCUACCGUGCUAGAGAAACUCCAACACUUCUUCCACCCCUUCAACCAAAAGUUUUACCAGAUCACAGGCAGGACGUUUAGCUGGCCAUGAUUAGACCACACACACAUACACACAACCCUCCCUCCCAGGUGCACAUCUCCAGGGUAAAGGGAGGAGUUCCCUGUUCUUAUCAGACACUCAUCCAGAAAGACAUUCAGUGCUGUGUAUGGAAACACAUGUUAAUCAGCAUGUAUGGAAACACAUAUUAAUCAGCGUGUAUGGAAACACAUAUUAAUCAACGUGUAUGGAAACACAUAUUAAUCAGCAUGUAUGGAAGCACAUGUUAAUCAGCAUGUAUGGAAACACAUGUUAAUCAGCGUGUAUGGAAACACAUGUUAAUGAGUAUGUAUGUUCCUGAGGAAUCAAACAUAUGACCUUCGUGUUGAAAACACCUGCCUCUACUAGUAGCUACAACAGUUUAAUUCAGUUUAAUUCAGUUCAACAGAGUCAGUGUAAAUGGCACAUUAAACAUUCUCAAUCUUACCUGCACCAUAAUAAUGAAAGUAGCAUAACACCCUGACCCACUAACCCUAACAUUCUAACCCUCCAGACCCUAACAUACUAACCCUAACACAGUAACUCUCCUCACUGCCCUCACACACUAACCUAACCCUCCUCACUGCCC